AUGGAGGAAGAAAGCAAAUUAGCAUUAGAGAAGCCAAAGGAAGAACAAAAAAUGCUAGUUGCACAAAUUUACAGAGAGAUUGAAGAAUUACAAGAUGAACUUGAGAUGAAUUUUUGGAAGAUAAAGAAUUUCGACAAGGUACAAUCUUCUCCGACUGAUCAUCGGUUUUUUAGUCACGACAACUUCCUUAAGUAUCACAUUAGUGAAAAAAUUUCUCUAAAUUUCAUAAUUAGGAGAGAAUGGGAAGUAUUAGAUUUAAAUCUAAUUAACUCUUCCAUUUAUGUUAGGGUUUAUGAGUCAAGACCUUAUCUUAUGAGAGCUAUAAUUAAAGGUCCUCCUAAUACCAUUUAUUAUAACGCAUUAUUUUGCUUCGACAUAUGUUUUACUUGUGAUUACCCUAAUCAACCUCCUAAACUUUUCUACCAUUCUUAUGACUAUGAUUUGAAUCCAAAUUUGAAAAAGAAUGGAAAAGUCAACCUACCACACUCUAAGAGAAAAUGUUCUUCUUCAAAUCCAUUUAGAAUAUUAGAUAUACUUGUCACUAUUCAAGGGUUUCUCAAUGAUGAGUUUUCAAGGAAUAAAAAAAAUGUUCUAAUUAUUAGAACAUGGGAGGCCAUGCUUGUGAUGUUAGAGUCACCAUUGGAGGGUUUUGAAAUCUUGGUUAAGGGACAUUUUAGAACUCAAGCCCAUGAAAUUCUUAGAAACUUUAAGAAUUAUAUGGAUUCUAAGGAUGAAAUUAUGAACAAGCUCUUCUUGAAGCUCAUCAAGGCGUUUGAAGCUAAUGGAACUUAUUGUAAGCAUCAUUAUAAUAAUCAAGUUCUUAAUCAUGAUUAUGAGGAAGCAAAGUGCAACAACGUCACGAAGAAAAAUGGAUACUCCAAAUUGCCAUUGUGUAUUAUGUAAAUAAUAGAGAUUUUAAUUUGUUGCUUUAUGUUAUUGUUAAUGUGCAAAUUGGAAUUGAGAUUAGUUAAAGUUACGA